GACGACGCGCCCCAAAACGUCACUCGGCUCGGCUCGGGCGCGCUGGGGCUCGGGAGCCAUCUUUCAAUUGAUCGGGGCGGCCGCUCCAUGCCCGAUUCCGGCGAAGCGGGACAUCGGCGUCGGCAGCGUCGCGCCACGAGCCGCGAGGAUAUUUGACACCGCCGACGGCGUCCAGCCCCUUGGACAGGCUUGUGGGCGCUGGUGUACGCCGUGGCUGCCAGUGCGAUGUCUCGCGUGCGGCAAAUGUGCGCCGCCGCCCUCAGGCUUAGGCUGCGGCGAAGGCGAGAACUUGCAGCGCCCCUCGCCUUCGCGCUCCCACCCGCUGACGUGGUGAUGCGCCCUGCAGCUGGCAUUUCGGGGGCGGUGGGAGGGAGGGGCCUCGUUCCGACGAGUCGCCGUCGCCGUCGCCGUCAGCAGCGUGCAGGGUCGCGCAGCUCGCGUCCCGCCUCGACCGUUCAAGGCAAAAGUGAUCGGGCGACGCGCAUCAACAGCUGCAAGACAGGCGUGCGCGCGGGCGGCGGCGGGGGAUCGCGCGAAGCUGCCACCGCCCCUGGCAGCGGGCUCGCUGGCCCCUGGGUCUGAGGCCACUUUCGCAGUUGCGGUGGAUUCCCCCCUCGCCUGCGUAGCGUCAAGCUUCUCCCUCUAUCUCUAUUUGCUAGCAUCAAAUCUGAAGUCUGCUCAACAGUCGAGAUCCACUCGUGCGCCACGCGAACCUCGUCUUCC